UUCUUUCUACCAAUUACAAAAUUCUUCAUUUUCUCAAUCGAGAAGUUGAAGUUGGGAAAGGAGGAAAUGGGGAUCCCUGAGUUUAGUAGAAGAUGUUCAAUAAUCUUCAAGGGCAAAGUAAACCUCGCCUCUGCAACCACCGGCGUUAUCAGCUAUCUACAAUCCCGCUUCAGAAGUUUCUCUUCCAAACAAGAAGCGCCGGAGCUGAAGGAGAUAACUGAUUAUUUGGACCACCUGAAGAACUACGAGAAAUUUGGUGUGCCAACGGGCGCGGGAAUCGACUCGGAAGAUGGAUUUGAUCUUGGAAGGAUGAGACGGUUGAUGGAACUUCUCGGCAAUCCUCAAUCCAAGUUCAAGGCUGUUCAUAUUGCUGGGACUAAAGGUAAAGGAUCAACAGCUGCAUUUCUAUCCAGCAUGUUACGGGCAGAAGGAUACUCUGUUGGUUGCUAUACUAGCCCACACAUUCGAAGUAUCACAGAACGUAUAUCCUUGGGAAGGUCAGCAAUGCCAGUCUCUGUGAACGUACUGAGUUGCCAUUUCCAGAGGAUAAAGCAGGUUCUUGAUAAGGCAUUGGAACUUGAAAAUGGUUGCAUAAGCCAUUUUGAGGUUUUCACUGCAAUAGCUUUCAGCUUGUUUGCGGAGGAAAAUGUUGACAUAGCAGUUAUAGAGGCUGGAUUGGGUGGAGCCCGAGAUGCAACAAACAUAAUUUCUAGUUCGGAACUUCUAGCUUCUGUGAUAACAACAGUUGGAGCCGAACAUUUAGCCGCACUUGGAGGGUCCUUAGAAAGCAUUGCCUUGGCAAAAUCAGGAAUAAUCAAAUACAAUUGUCCGGUGGUGCUUGGUGGGCCUUUUCCUCCUCAUAUUGAAUGUAUUUUUCAUGAUAAAGCCUCAUUGAUGUCCUCGCCGGUGGUUCAUGUAUCUGGUACAGAAAAUAGAAGUUGUGUGAAAAGCUUUAGCAGAUUAUCAGGAAAACCCUACCAGUUGUGUGACAUAGUCAUUCAAGCAGAAAAAGAUAAUAAUCUGUUGAUAGAGCUAGUGGAUGUGAAACUAUUCAUGCUUGGAACUCACCAACUUCAAAAUGCUGCAACUGCUACCUGUGUAGCCCUUUGCCUUAGGGAGAAGCAAGGGUGGAGAAUUUCAGAUGAUUCUAUUCGUGUUGGCUUAGAAAGUACUUAUUUGCUCGGGAGAAGCCAAUUUUUAUCCUCAAAGGAGGCUGCACAACUUGGAAUGCCUGGACUUACCAUAUUGCUUGAUGGAGCCCAUACGGAGGAUUCUGCAAAGGCAUUGAUGGACACAUUAAGAACAGCGUUUUCAACUGCAAGGUUGAUACUUGUGGUCGCAAUGGCGAGCGACAAAGACCAUCUGGGCUUUGCUAAACAACUGCUUUCUGGCAGCAAGAGAUUGGAAGCGGUUGUAUUGACUGAAGUGGACAUAGCUGGAGAUAAGUCUCGUAUGACCAAGGCUGCGAUCCUGAAACAAUCGUGGAUUAAAGCAUCGAGAGAUCUGGGGAUUGGUGUUCAAUUAGAUGAAGAAGAUCCACAUGGAGGAGACAGUGAGGUAAUAAUCACUGCCCAGAGUUGUUUGGAGGAAUCUAUUGGGACAGUGAAUAAGUUAAUAAUGGAGAAAAGAAGAUUGAAAGAUGAUGGGUUUCACAUUGUAGUAUUUACUGGAUCUCUCCACAUUGCCGGGUCGUUAUUGGAGUAUUUGAGGGAGUAAUGGUGUUUGUAACCGUUGACAUUAAAUUAUGGGCUGUACAUCUCGAAGAAUUGGUUGAGUUGAGAUGUCGUCUGCGAAGAAGUGAUGAUGGCACACAUUUUGAGGAGGCGCAAAUGGUGGAGGGAGUUAAUUAUAGUAAUAUUUUUGACAUUUGAUAUUUGGUUAUUGGUUGAUUGAUUAAUUAAUGUGGGUGGGAAUUGGGAUGAUGGGCCAUGCAUGAAAGGAGUGUUGGUGGUGGUGGUGAAAUUGAUGAUGGUGAAUAGAAGACAUAAAAACAAAACUGAAAGCUGAAUUCUUGAAAAGAUCCUUCAUUGAUGACAUGAAAAUGCCUAGACCAAAGGCUCUGAAUGUGAUGCUCUUAUCAAGGGUCCCCAUCCUCCCUACCCUCUCUUAAAUACAUUUUCAGUAGUUUCUCAUGCACCUCUCGCACAAGAUUUUAAUGCUCUCCUUUAUUUUAUUUUAUUUUAUCUUAACCCAAGUUUGUUUUUCAUUUUCAUUUCAUUGGGAAAUAAUUUUUCAUUCAA